ACGUGGUAUCUAUCAAUCAAAUCACACUUUUGGCUGCCAACCCAAGCGCCCUCAAGGUCUAAAGCUAGACCUCGUUCGUGGGCAUGAGAAGGUUGGCUCCCUCUUUUUUGUUGGCCUCUUAUCCUGGUCCAACGCGACGGACAUUGUCUUCUAUCCGAUUAACACGAUGGCAUCCCCAACAUACUGCGGGUGGUAAACGCCAUUCUUCCACAACUCCCGAAACAUCCGGUAGCAUCACGACGCCUCUUCCCGACUCCGAAUUAAACUUACCUUUUCGCUUCGAGACCGGGUUUGCGCUAUUCGCGAAACGCGCUCCGAGACCCUUUCCCCCACCGUUUCUCUCCCCUCCGUCGGGCUCAUUUUCGGACCCUCUUAGUACUCACCACCAGAGUCGUGAUAAGCGAGCCUUCGUGGAUGGCGAGGUCAUCCGCGGAUGGACAAACGGCGACGAUGCAGUUUAUGCUAGUGACCAUUUCAUUUGCGCCAACGAUGGGGUUGGCGCCUGGUCAGCUCGGCCGAGAGGCCAUGCAGGCUUAUGGUCGAGGUUAAUAUUACACUUCUGGGUGGCGGCAAUGGAAGAAGAUAUCGCAAAGCCGCGAUCCCCCGACCAAUCAUACCGCCCAGACCCUAUGCAUUAUCUGCAGCAGGCAUAUGAGCGGACAAUCGAAGCCACUUCGGGACCCAAUGAUUGUUUAGGAACCACCACGGCGGCCGGGGCUCAGCUCUUCUACAAGGCUGACAGCAGUAACUCAGCAUCGUCUGUAUCACCACUCUUAUAUGUAACAAAUCUUGGCGAUUCACAGGUCAUGGUAGUACGGCCGAAAAGUCGGGAAAUGGUAUACAAAUCGACAGAGCAGUGGCAUUGGUUCGACUGCCCGAGACAGCUCGGAACAAAUAGUCCAGACACUCCAAACAACAACGCCGUUGUAGAUGUGGUGGAGAUUAUUGAAGGCGACGUCGUAUUAGCUAUGACGGACGGCGUUAUUGACAAUCUCUGGUCACAUGAAAUUGUCGAAAAUGUAUCCCAGAGCGUCAAGCGUUGGGAGGCAGGAGAAGGGGGCCAAGCUAGCGGCCCCCGUAAAGACGGCGCAGGUGGUGGCAUGACAUUCGUCGCCCAAGAACUUGUUAAUGCUGCAAAAGAAAUUGCAUUAGACCCAUUUGCAGAAAGUCCCUUCAUGGAACACGCCAUCGAGGAAGGGCUAGCCAGUGCAGGAGGAAAACCUGACGAUAUUAGCGUUGUAGCAGCAUUGUGUCAGCGGAACACGGCAUCAUGACACGCCUAAUAUAUAAUAUAACUAAUACAUCCAUUGAUAGGACAUACUACAUCUGUUGUACUACUGCCGUUGGGGUUAACUCUGACUAUAUCCAGCUAUACAAAACACCGGGGUAGUAUCGACAUUAUUUGGUCUGGUUGUCACCUGGACGAUUAGACAUGGGAUUAUAGACGAUUUACACUAGAUGAGGUUGGGUUUGCGGUAUCAAGACGGCGUUGGUGGUGGUCUAUUAGCAGGUCAGUGGUUGGAAGCUUAGGACAUUUUGUACCUAGGUACCUAAAUUAAUAUCUUUAUAGCGGGGCAUCUUCACAUUCUGUAGCUGUAGAUGUUACCCACAUUUUUAAGUUGGCGAUAAGAAUGUUAAAAGCCUUAUCAUUAUCU